ACACCAAUAUCCCUCAGAUGUUCUACCUCGUCGGUCUCGGCCUUUGCGAUGAGAAAGACAUCACUGUGCGCGGCUUGGAAGUCGUGAAGCGGUCAUCCAGGGUAUACCUGGAAGCGUAUACAAGUAUCCUGAUGGUACAGAAAGAAAGGCUUGAAGCAUUCUAUGGGAAGGAGUUGAUCCUCGCUGAUCGGGAUAUGGUCGAGACGGAAAGUGACAAGAUCCUGCGAGAUGCGGACAAGGAAGAUGUAGCGCUUCUCGUGGUCGGGGACCCGUUUGGAGCAACCACACACACCGACAUCAUUCUUCGCGCUCGCUCUCUCAACAUCCCAACGCGCGUGAUACACAAUGCGUCUAUCAUCAAUGCCGUUGGCGCAUGCGGGCUGCAGCUGUACAAUUUUGGCCAGACCGUUUCUCUGGUGUUCUUCACGGAGACAUGGAAGCCUGACAGCUUCUAUGAUCGGGUCAAGGAGAACAUGGAGCACGGGUUGCACACGCUCAUGUUGCUUGAUAUCAAAGUCAAGGAACAAAGUGAAGAAAAUCUAGCCAGAGGAAAGAAAAUAUACGAGCCUCCACGCUACAUGUCUAUCACGCAAGCUGUCUCUCAGCUGGCAGAGAUCGAGGCCGCUCGCCAAGAGGGCAUCCUCCGCCUCGACGCCACGCUCGCAAUCGCUCUUUCCAGAGUUGGCGGAGAAGACGAGCAGCGGAUUGUCUGCGGGACACUAGCGGAGCUUCUCGACCAACCGCCGGAGGUAUUUGGAGAGCCCCUACAUAGCUUGGUUAUCGUCGGCAAGCGCCUGCACCCACUCGAAGUGCAGUACGCAGGUGCAUAUGCGGUCGACCCGAAGAGUUGGCGGGACGUUGCGAGGCAUGUGUAUAAAUGUCCUUACCCUGGUCAUCGUCGACGAAAGCACUCACCGUCUUGAAACGAACACGCAGUUGACGGGCGAAGAGCUAGCGGACUGAUGUCAAGCAUGUAUGUACGGAUGUACCACCAGUACUGAAUUAAGAGUCCACAAGUCGGUUGUGGCGGGG